CUCUUGACCCGCGUGUUGCUGACAUUAUCCAGUGGUCAUGCUGUGGUGCACUCAAAGCAGGGCAUUUUUGUCAUGGAUAAUGCGACGGACAGCUUUACAUUGUAUCGCCUUGAAGGCGAUAGUGAGCCUGUUCGAACGUUUGCAACUGCUGUGCCAAGCAUGUCAGUCCCCAAGCAAGUGGCAUUUGGGGAAGAAGGAAAGGUAGUUGUGGGGGGAAGUGACAAUGGAUUGGUAUAUGUGUUCGAUCGGAAGACAGGGCAGAUACUCAAAACCCUCCACCACGCAGACACAGAUGUUGGCCUUGUGCAAACAAUAUCCGUAAGCGUUAAGACUGAUUGGAAAGAAUGUUGCUGA